UAGUACUACAUGUGGACGAGUGUGUGGUUCACAGAUGUUAUACAUAUACAGAUAAUUUACAGUAUCUUUGUUCAGAUAUAUUUAUGUCUCACAUCAAAACAAAAACAAAUUGUGUAUCGUGAUUCCGCUGUAAGUUGUUGGAGGGUGGAUGUUGAUAUGUGUGGCUUUAUUCUAAGCCGCUUUGGAUUACUAUUCGCGGACUGGCAAAAUAUUAAAUAAAAAGUCCGAAUUGUGUCUGCAGUGUUCGGAUACGCCCAAAUAAAACAUAUUACUGAAGAAGUGCCCCUUCUUUAGAGACCCCUAAUAAAUCAAUUUCCCAUAUUGCAGAUGACUAUUUUGAUUUGUGACUAAAAAUAAAUAGAGCGUUGAAAUGAUGAAUGAAAUAUGGCUUUCCUUUAUUCUUCAAUAUUGUGAAGUAAUGUGGUAUCUUCCGUCACGAAGUACUGGCUUCUGUAUUCUAGUGAAUGCCAGCAAGUUUGUGGCAACAACUCGGUGACUUCCAUAUUAUGAAAUUAUCUGGUGUUAACCGUACACUCUAUCAAACAACUCAAUGACAGUAAUGCGACAGUCUUCAAAGGAAUAAAAGUUAACGUUGCAGUUGAGCGGCAAACGCUGCAACCUUCGUAGCUAUAUAACAAAGCCAUGUAGCAGUAAAUAUACUUAACUAAUCAUCAUCGGAUUCUCAUGCCUACCCGUUUUGCUGUGUUUUGCCCCAGUAUACUGUUUUGUUGCAGGAACCUGGCCUCAUGCAACUAUGAAGGGUGUAGAGAUAUGUAAGUUGUCUCCUGGAAAGGCAGAUAACACAUUAAAAUUUAUAUAAAUAGUUUAAAAUGUCCAAGAUGUGAUGUGCUAAAUAGUUAUGCACAUAUUCCUCGUUUGUUGUUUUUUUUAUUGAGUACCAGCCUUUAGACUGACGAUCAGUCAGGAGUUGUAUGUCAACGAUGCCACGUCGUAAAAUACCUCAAACGUUGUAUAAACUGUGCUUGGAGGAAGCAGAAUUGUUAAUAGCAAAUUCUUGUCAGAAUAUUCAUGACAGAUAUGGAAAUUAUGAUGACGAAUUUUGCAGAAUUGCUGCCCAGGAGCUGCAGAGUUACUUACUGCUAAACAUUCCUGGCAUUUUACUGGAUGACAUAUGCGACCGCAGAAGGUUUUCAGCGCACAGCCGACAGAAUUAUGAUCCACGAAUAAGUCUCUCCAUAUACAUACACAAAAAUAUGAGGAAAUUCUUCAUAAGUGAGACGUCUGAUGAGAAAAAAAUUGGAACGGGUGACUCAUUCUGGGUAACACAGUUAAGCAAACUACAGAACAUUGUGGUCCUGGACAUGCAUUUAGCGUGUACAGAUGAGAUAUUAGAAGUUGUGGGCAGAACUUGCUUGAAAUUGGAACAAAUCAAUAUUGUGUCAAGGUUGGAACCAGACAAAGGGAAAAUAAAUUCUUAUCCAUUUAAUGCAUUGAAACUAAAAUUCUUUGUGUCAGAUGAUGGUUUACAUCAUUUGAAAAACUGUAAACUUCUGAAAUACAUCACUAUGAACAAGAUAAUCCGUAGUCAUGUUGGUGGCAAAAUGAUGACACCUGCUGGUAUAAGAGGCCUCGUGAAGUCUCUUCCUCAGUUGCAAUCCAUUUCGUACAAUUACAUGGGUAUUGUUCUUGGUGAAGAAAUGGAUGACAUUGACUAUCUACCUCUUACCUGUAUCAGUGACUACAUUGCUGAUGUUAAACACACUCAAGCUAUUGCAAGGUUGUGUCUUAACUUGCAUCAUUUGUGCUUGGGGGUGCAAAGUGACAUUAUUGCUCCUGAGAUUCUAAAUACUUUAACAAACAGUAGUCUUCAAUUAGUUGUGCUUGAAUUAGACCAGUUCCCAUUUUGUGAUGAGAUGGUUCAAUUCUUGAUAGAAAAAGGAAAAACUCUACAUAGCCUAAGGUUGCGAUCAGGAAAUAUUUUACACCCUAAGCAUGUACGCAUAAUUGGAGAGACUUGCCCAAAUUUAAAAAGCCUUUCACUCAGAGAGAAAGAUACAUGGAAAUAUUUAGGCAGAGUGUGUGAGAUGCCAAGCAGUUUUACACCAUGCAGUCAAGUGCUUUUCAGUAAUUUAGAAUGUCUUAAAAUUGAAGGUACUGACUGGAUACUGAAAGACAUCAUUCCUCUACUUCUGAUUAAUGCCAAACACAUAGAAAAGCUGUCCAUCUUUAAGAGAAACCAUUUUGAUCCAAUAGAGCCUAUUCUUUUCCAUGUUCUAAAAUAUAAUCCUCUUCAUCACCUGAAAAAAUUUUAUUUACUGUUAGGCUGUGAUAUAAAAAUGUGUACAGUUGUGUAUCUUGCUAAGAACUGCUUAAGCAUAAGAGAAUUAGCGUUUUCAAAAUAUGGCACUGAUGGAUCUGCAGAACUGAAAGAACUGAAUGAAGACAUCAAAAGAUUAAAUUUAGAUCUAAAAGUUUGUCCAUUUAAACUAGAGUGAUUUGUACAGGUGUAGUGUUAACUUUCAUGCUGUUUUUAACAUUCUUAUUGGGAAAAAAAACAUUGUUUUUUCAACAAAAAAUCUCUACAUUAUACCUACAUGAUACAUAAAAGUUCUACUACUAUUGAUACAAAGAAGUUUCUUAUUGCUACCUCACAUACACUAAUAUAAUUUUGUUUCGAGAAAAUGUCAUUGUAAUGUCAAAACUAAACCAUUUGCUCAACACAUUUUUGUUGGAAAUUUACAACCGUUCAUGGUUUAGCCAAUUUAAAGCACCAUUCUUAUUACAAUGGCUUUGAUGGUGUACCAUUUGUUGAUCAUCUACGGUAUGUCUGGAUAUUUCGUCUGAGUGCAUAUUCAACUCAGACAUGCAAUUAAAAGAGAAGUACAUUUCCCCUGCCCGGGAGACUGGAGUUAUGUUUCUGGGAGAAAUUAAUCAUGUAUAGUACCUAAAAGCCCUGAGCUACAAUUACUGUGACAGAACCGUAUUAAAUCACGUUUCCACUGUAAUUACGUAUACAACUGUCGGCUGAAAUAAUAGUUUGAUGUUACAGCCAUUUUUGAUGUAAUGGUAUCUUUGUUCAAUUUUUUGCCGGUGUUCAUUUAUUGUGAAUCAGUCAUAUUGUAAAAUUAUAAAAAACUGACUCAAAAUGUUAAGGUACCAGUAUGCAUAACAGAAUGACAGCGAAAACAGAUAUUGUUAAAUCAGGAUAUUUUCACCUCUUGUUACAUGGAGGCCAUUUUUAAAUCCAUCUGAAUAUUAAGAUGUCCAUUUGAAAAUUUGGAUUUCUUAGAAGGAUCUGUAAAGUGCCACAAAAUACUAAUAACAUAAUGAAGAGGUAGUGAUAGAUUUUGUGAUUAGCUUGUAUUUGAUUAACAUUAACUGCCAUACCUUUAGUUUUCUCUCAUUAUGCUGUAUUUUCCUUUUGAUGAAGUGGUGUUUUUUUCCUGGUUUAUUCUCACAAUUGUAACAAUAGUAUCCUAAUUUAUGUAAAUACUUCAGUGUUAAAGAAGACACUCACCAAGAAGCGGAAGUGUUGAGUUGUCUAUAGGCACACACACACAAAAGGUGGAAAACUUGCUAGCUUUCAGAGUUAUCCUUUCUUGGUGAGUGGUCUCCUUUUAUCCUAAAGUAUUUAAAUUGUACAAGAAAUUUCCUACAACAUUUGUAUCUUCAUUUUUCUUUCAUUUUUUCCAUUCCAUGCACCCAUUCCAUUCCAAAGUGUGUUCUCCCAAGGUCAUUUCUUUUUGUGAUUGAUGUUUUCUACAUUCCUGAGAUUAUUGUAUUAUUAUUAUUAUUAUUAUUAUUAUUAUUAUAUUUUGAUGCAUGUAAUUGAAGAUUUAUGGGUGCUAUUCUAAUCAAGGAACACAUUAUGGUGUAAUUUACCACAGAGGGAACUAUAUUUCAUACUGUUGUACAGUAACUUAUAAACGAAAAAGUAGUCAUGCAAGCACAAAUUAUAUUUAAACAUGUUUGUUUCAACAAACUGUUGAAAGGUGUUGGCCGUUUAUGUACCAACAAUCUAUUAUAACAUUUUGUUUUAAUUAGUGAAACUAAGUGUUUUUAAUAAAAAAUUAAAGCUAGUCAGAAACAUUAACAACUGAUUAAAAAAAGAAAUGUAGGUGCAGCUAUAUGAUAACCUAAUUCGCUGAAAGGACAUAAUUCUUAACCUCAUUUGUAACCUUUUCUCUAUUAUAUGCUCAGAACUAACUGAGAAUUUUGAUCAGUGAUGACCCCACAGAUCUCUCUUGCCAGACUUGUUGACUAUCCAUUGUGCGAAUAGCACUGAAUAGUACUAAAAGACUCACUAAUUUAGUUGCUAACCAAAUUCUACACGCAACUUCGCUGAGUGUUAAGAGAUCCAAACUAUUUCAGUAAUUGUACCUUUGAUACCUAAACUGUUGUAAAACCAGUCAUCACUUCUAGUACCUCCUCCUCUCUUUCCUUUAAAUUCUGUAUUGAUCCAUUGUUUUAAAUCACUCAAUACUUAUAUCUGUGACAUUUCAAUAUGGCAUUCUUCCUUCGUUUUUCUUGUGAAUUACUUGAGAAGUCACCAUUUAUAUGAUUAUUUAGGCCCAUUAUGUUCUGGCAUUCAGUUUUGGACAGUACAACCACUUUCAGGUGGAAUAAGCAAUAGUGCUUUCUUGAUAUUUACUGUAUUGUAUUUGGAGCAUGCUGUCCCAUCUUCUUCCAGAUGUCUUCCUGUACAUUUUCACUAUCAUUAGAUGGUCUUCUUUCUCUCCUUAUGUUUCUAUUUUACUCAUGUCAGAGGCUUUCAGGGGGUUUUGCUCUCUCCUCUUCCCCUUAAUUUUCCUUUUUAGUAAAGCAUUUCUUAAUGCUUGAUGAAAACCAAGAGUUAACGGAAAUGAGACUGUGAUUGUUGUAUACCUUUCUUUGCAUUUCAAAUAGGAACUAUGAUGCUUGUUUGUUUAGGGUUAGUGUUAAAUUAUAUUGUGUAGAACCUGCAGAAACAAUUCAUGGUAGAGUAUGCCCUGAAACUGGACAAAUGUGAUAGAUAUGACUGUACUUUUGAAAAAAAGCAUCUUUAUUUGCUGCAGUAAUUUCCUUGUGUGAUUUAUUCCAAGAGUUGUGGACAACUUUUUGCAAUGAAUUGCCAUGGUAUGUGUUAGGAAAUUUUAUUAUGUGUAACUUUUUAUGAGUUCUUGAUUCACAUAAGAUAGACUAGGAGGAGGAGCACAUUGUUUUGCAGACAUUGUAAAGGAAAAAGGUUAUGGCUGUUAUCAGUCACAUUAAGCGUACUUUGAAACAAAAUGUUUUGAAUGUUCGGGAAGGCAGAAGAGAAUAUAAUUAGGAUUUGUGUGUUUUAGAGUAUGAAAAGGAUCCAUUUUUCUUGUAAAGAAAAAACUAGCAUCUCACCCCCUCUUCUCCCUCCCUCCCUCCACUCUACCUAUCUAUCCAUCCAUCCUCCCACUCCCUCACCCACCCCCUCUUCCUCUCCCUCUUCCCUUCAGCUCCUCCAACCUGAGAGGAUAGUACUGUGUGUGUGUGUGUGUGUGUGUGUGUGUGUGUGUGUGUGUGUGUGUGUGUGUGUGUAACUUAUGUAAUUGAAGUGUCUUUCAGAAUGGAUCAUGUGGAACCUGUUCCUUCAAAUUAACUUUUAUAUGAUUGAUGUGUUUGUCAGUUUGUUCUCCAUAUUUACUGCAAUAUGCUACCGUGUUACAUAUUUCUGGUAAAAUACAGAUGUAAUAAUUCCAUACUCCGUGCAAUAAUUUAUCAAAUGUUGAUGACAAGCAGUUUGAUAGUUCUAAUCAAGCUUCCUACACUGAAGAGAUGGUUAUCAAUGACUGUUUAUUUUAUGCCAAGAAAUUAAAUCCUUUUGUUUUGUGCUACAAUCACAGUUUUAUGAAAAUGUAAUAUCACAUUCUUUUAAAAUAAAUUUGCUUAGUACACCUUUUAGUACUUACUGUGCAUGCAAACAAUCUACAAUGAUAGGUAUCAAGUGUUAAUUAAAUUACUUGGAUGGUGACAGAGAUUUUUCAAUUUGGAAACCACUUACUUCUGUUGAAUUUCUUAUCAUAAAUUUUGAAAAUGUCUUACUGAACUUUUUCUUGUUGUGAUCGAACUGUAUUUAUUCAAUGAAGUUCUUACAGAUAUUCUCAAUAUUACCAGUAGAAUAAAUAUUUGUUUUUCAUCCUGUUAAGAUUUCUCCAGGGUUAACAUCUUAGACAGUGUCUCUUCAUCUGUACAUAGAUUAUAACUUCUUGUAGCUUUAUGUCAGCUAAAUAUCUCUUGUAAAAAUCAAAGGAGUAUUCUUAAUAAGGUAAAAUUUAUGUACCUGAACUUAUGUAAUUUAAUAUGUACGCACACUUAAACUUCAGAUACCGAUGUUUUAACACUACAAAAUAUUUUCAUAAUAUGUAACAUAAGAUUAUUUUAUAAUCAUGUAACAUAAGCUUAUUUGCAGUGUGGUAUUAUCAGGAAGAAUGUUAUAGGUACAGCUGACUAUGUGUUUUUUGUCCUGGAAUUCAUGUACAUACAGUGAGUUCCUCUUUACCAUAUUUUGCAGGUGUUUUCCUACUCACAUUUGCAUCUAUGCCAUAGCUAACUGCAAGAUGUUGAGAUGGCAUGAAUCUGAGACAUGUUUUUUUCUGUAGUGCACAGGCUGAUUGCCAUGAUUCACAGACAGAUGUGUUAUCUUUUGUAUAGGGAGUGCUUUUGCUGUCGUUCUUAUACCUUCAUUGUGAAAUACUCCAAAUUAAUUUGAGCUACAGAUUAAGGUAAUCAAAUUGUUAUAUAUUAUAUUAUGUAGGAGAAGGAUGGGUCAUUAUGUACAUAAUAAGAAACCAGCUUUGAAGUAAUGUACUCAUUGCUUGCUGUAUUAUCUGUGGACAAAAUAUUCCAUUACAAAUGAAGAUAUUUGUUUUAUUAGGAUGUUGUACUGCAUUAACGUUAGUUUCAUUAGAUAUAAACCUCUGGCUACUGUCUGUUAUGAAUGAGGAACUGAAAUUAUCUCUUAAUUUCUCCAUGAACCCACUCUGAUAGCCAUCCUUGUCCAAUGGAGCAAAGAGAAUUUUUACUACAAUGGCAACCAAAAUUUACAUGGAGCUUCUCUCACAGUUAUGAUCAAUGGUUUUUUUCAAAGACCUAUGACCCCUUGUUCAACAGAAUAGAUUAAUGUCUGUUACAGAGAUGUAUUGGGAAUCAAUUGCAGUGUAAAAAGUAAAACGCUUAUUGGCAUUUCAGAAAUUGUUGUUUUCCACAGAUUUCACCAUGCCAAUGACACAUUUCAAUAAUCUAGAUGUGAUAAAUAGUGUCACAUGUGAUUGAUGCAUUUCCAUAUUUAUAGAUAAUCAUGUUGAUUGUAAGUUCAUCAGAGAUGGAGCACAGACCUAGGGUUAACAAAGACACAGAAAUGAGCCGCAUUGUUUCAUAAUGCACUCAGCCAUUCACUUCAUUAAUUUAACAGUGUCUAAAUCUGGAUGAAUGGAAGGGGAUUUGAACCCAGUUCCUUCCGAAUGUGUGUUCAGUGCCUUAAACAUUGCUCCAUGUUGCUGAGUCAGGCCUUCCCAAGUAUGUCACUGGGGUUCCAUGAAGGAAAUAUAGAUAAAGGCACUUUCUUACUUUUUUUAAAAAACUCUUUUUAGAAAAAAAAUAUUUCCUAUGCAACAGUAAAAAACCUCCCUGAGUCAUUUCUCUUUUGGCAAAAAGGUAGAUUUUGAUUUGAAUUCUUAUGCACAUGUGAGUAGGACUUGCAAUUGAAAAAAAGUCUGUUUUAUUUGGUAGCCUAUUUAGUAAAACUAUCAACAGUUCCUUAAGUCUUUCAUACAUGAAAAAUUCAAGAUCAUUGUAAAUAUAGUUCUUGAUAUCCAGUUACUAGGUAACUGCCUAUCUCUUAAUGUUCAAAUUUACACCUUUGUGAUAAUAUAUUAAAAUGUAAUGUGCUGCAAGCAAUUUGAAGAUCAUUCUGCACUUUAAAAUAUUGAUGUAACCAGUGGACUGUAUAUUUUGAGUAUCAGUACCGUUUGGAAUAAAAAGUUGUUCAAGAGGGCUACUCUUUACAUAGCA